CUCCACCUCGUUCAAGCCGCCAUUCACAAACAGCUCACCGAUUCACUGCAAUGGUUCCCUCACCAGAUCCGGCCACACUGGCGGAUGUAAUACUACGCUCGGCUACGGAAGGAUAUUACCCCGAUUCUGAAGAGAUCGCUGCCGCGAACUUGACGAGCGUGCACCUCCCCACUAUCCUCGAGAGCCUGAAUGCUGCGAAAGAUGAUAUCAAGGAACAAGUGCGCACUAUCAGUCGUGACAAUGCCACCUCGAUCGAUUCCUGGAUCACACAGGCACGGCAGCUACAUCUGGAUGUUGAAGCUUCAAAAGCGCAAGCGGACCAGAUACUGAAGCUUGACGAGGAAGAAAAGGCUCUUGCACAAGCAGUAGGCGAUGCCGAGACACAUCAGCGUUUCCUGGAAGCGGAGAUCCAAUUCAACGAAACCCUUGCGAGCGUGCUUGGAAAGUUACAACUUAUCGGCACGACAUUAGCGCAGGUCGAUAUUGCGAUUGGUCGUGGCGAGCUUGGAGCGGCUGUGGGGAUUCUCAAUGGCGCCGAGGACGCGCUGGAGAGGCUUCGGGGUUUCGACGACAUCAUUGUUGCCGGUCUCAUGAAGGAGAAGGCAAGGCUGCUACGGAAAGCUCUACUGGAGACGGUGGAGCGGACUUGGAGCGGGCUUGUGAAUGUGGACAAGGAUAGCGGGACUGUUGUGGUCAGGAAAUCGGCCAAUGUCUUAUCGACUGAAUUUGAGUCUGAAGAGGUGGUCGAGGCGCUCGACAUACUUGGACUCUUGAAGGACAAGAUUGACCAUUUUCACCAGCAAAUUGAUCGCGUCCUCAUCGUCCCACGUCUUGAGACGCAACAAGGCCGUAUUCCCAAUGUCGCGGUGGAUGGCGAUGCUAUCCGGAUCGCCGGGCAAGACAACGACCUCAGCGCAGCCAGACUAUUCUCCGACCUACGACUUAUAAUAGACUUUCUAAACACCCAACUUCCGUCGGCAGUGAUGUCGAAUCUUUCCCGAACGUUAAUUCCCAGCCUCAUAAGCCGUCUAAUCUCUACAAGACUGUCCUCUUCAGUGCCGCCAUCACUGGAGAAUCUUCCUGCAUUUGAGGAGUUACUGAAAGAGACGAAGCGAUUCGAAGACGGACUGCAUGAUGCAAAUUUGACACGCGAACGAGAGUUGAGCGAUUGGGUGGAACGGGCUCCUAAAGUAUGGCUGGCAAAACGGAGGGAGUCAUGUCUGGAUGCCGCAAGGAAAGUGAUGGCGAGUGGGGUUGGCGAAGUUGAGCAGGUCGAGAGGUCAGAGACACAAACAAUAGACGCCGAGGAUGGGCAAGGAGCGCUGGUGGCUGGCGUUGCCGAUAUCAGCGGAGCAGAGGAUUGGAACGCAGCGUGGAAUGAAGAAGAGGACAAUGUUGCUUCCGACGAGCAACCCAAACAGGAGACACUUAAGCGCGAGCUAGAGAAACCAGUAGAUCACACUGGAUUUAUAGAAGAGGAUGACGAUGAUGGUGCGAACGGCUGGGGCUUGGAUGAAGAUUUAGGCUUGGAUGAUCAUGACGAGCCACCAAAAGAAACAGAGCUUACGUCGAAAUCGGAGGAACCUACUCUCGAAUUCUCGACGCCCCAGGAACAGGAUGAUGAUAUUGGCUGGGGUUCUUGGGCGGAUGAUGCUGACGGAGACGACCGAGAAGACCACGACCCUGUGCCAGUCUCCUCCGGAGCCCCCAAGCAUUCUAGGAAGCCUUCGGUCCAAGCAUCUGCAUCGAGCCACGUCAACAAAACUUCCGCUCCUAAGGAUAUUACCCUCACAGAAACCUACACGAUUACCUCCACCCCCCGUGCCCUUCUUUCCCUCAUCACGAGCCUCCUUUCCGAAGCCACCCAGCUCGAAAAUAAUCCGCAGUACAAGUCCUCUUCCAUCGCUUCUGCAGCAUCAGGAAUUCUCACCGUUCCAACACUCGUCUUGGCCAUCUUCCGCGCUCUGGCUCCACUGUACUACGCGGUUGAUCUGAAAUCAAACAUGUACCUCUACAACGACUGCACAUUUCUGUCGUCAGAACUACCGCCGGAAGUCAAUGAGAGGGAUGUGUCCCAGAUUGUAACUUUUGGCAAGCGGCAGUACUCGCACGAGAUGGAAGCACAGAGAACGAUACUCAACGACUAUCUCGAUGGUUCCCAGGGCUUUGUCUCAUGUGACGAUCCACUGCAACGGCAAGAAUGCAACCGAGCAGUAGCGGCCACCACGUCCCGGCUUCGCGAAAUCUACAACGCUUGGAAGACAGUGCUCUCGAAAUCGGCGCUGUAUCAGUCUAUGGGCUCGCUCCUCAACGCGGUCAUCACGAAACUAAUCAACGACAUCGAGGACCUCAGCGACAUCUCGGAACCGGAGAGUGUGGCUCUUGCGGCAUACUGCGCCGAUCUCGGAUCACUCGGCGAAGAGCUGUUUCCGGGGAGGAAUCCAGGGACGCCGCCUAUAACGGCUAUCUAUUGUGGCAAUUGGGUCAAAUUUCGAUAUCUUGAGCAGCUUUUGCAGAGCUCCCUAGCUGAUAUCAUGAUGCUGGCUAGCGAGGGAUGUCUGAAAGACUUCGAGGAGGAGGAAGUAGUGGAGUUGAUCCGGGCAUUGUUCGCCGACACUGAAGUGAGGGGCCGGUGCAUUGAGGAUAUCAGGCGCCAGGGGUUGUUGCACUGAGCUGGAAUGGAGCUGUGUUUGUGCUUUGAAAUGUUGUGAAUAAUAAUACGAGGUGAAGAGAUUAGCUGCUGCUCCCUCGAGCUCCGGCCAUAAAUUUACAUGCCAAGGCCGC